UUCGAGCAGCAGCAGAAGAAGUGAGGCCGGGCGAACCCGUGUGCUGUCACGUUUAUCAAAAAUACCGAAAUGUCGAUUUUUACACCCACAAAUCAGAUCCGGCUCACUAACGUGGCCGUGGUGAGGAUGAAGAAGGGCGGGAAGCGCUUUGAAAUCGCCUGUUAUAAGAAUAAAGUGAUGAGCUGGAGAUCCGGAGCGGAGAAAGAUCUGGAUGAAGUACUUCAGACACACACAGUGUUUACAAAUGUGUCAAAGGGCCAGGUGGCCAAAAAGGAUGAUCUGUCAAAAUCAUUUGGAACAGAUGAUUUAACAGAAAUAUGCAAACAGAUUUUAGCAAAAGGAGAGCUUCAGGUGUCUGAUAAGGAGCGUCAGAGUCAGCUGGAGCAGAUGUUCCGGGACAUUGCCACGAUUGUGGCAGAGAAAUGUGUAAAUCCGGAAACCAAGCGCCCGUACACGGUCAGCCUUAUAGAAAGAGCCAUGAAGGACAUUCACUACUCAGUCAAAGCCACUAAGAGCACAAAGCAGCAGGCACUCGAGGUCAUCAGACAGUUGAAGGAGUCCAUGCAGAUUCAGAGAGCUCACAUGCGGCUUCGCUUUAUCCUGCCGGCCAAAGAAGGAAAGAGGCUGAAGGAGAAGCUCAAACCACUCAUAAAGGUGGUGGAGAGUGAAGACUUUGACGAUCAGCUGGAGAUGGUCUGUUUGAUCGAUCCGGGCUGCUUUCGGGAGAUCGAUGAGCUGAUUCGCUGCGAAACAAAGGGAAAAGGUUCCUUGGAGUUGCUGAGUCUGAAAGAUGUGGAAGAAGGGGACGAGAAGCUAGAAUAGCCCAUCCCAGUCACAUCUUACCCACCACACUAACUAUAUACAUAUUAUUUGUGGUUUGUUUUAUAUCGAGAUUGUCAAUUAAUAUAACUUAGGGCUGGAUUUAAUGAGGACCUCAGCAGCAUUGGUUGAAGCUAGUUUGUGCAAUACGUAAGACAGAGACUGGCCGAAGUGUUUUUGUGGACCAGUAAUCCAAUUAUUUUAUUAUAAUUUACACAUGCAAGUGCUUCCACAAAUGUCUGAGGCUCCACUAAAUCUUCCCUGAAAGGUUUAAGCAGAAAUGGCUAUUGAGCAAGUAAAUAAUCCAACUCAAAUCACAAUUAAGGGGUUUAUUUUCUGUGAAAAUUAAAGUGGUUUAUGUGCUUGACUGCAAAACAGGCAGUGGAUUGAAUAAAAUAAAUAAAAGCACAAAAUUAAUGUAGUGAUUAACAGACAGUGAUUACCUUUAAUUAGGUAUCCGUACUAAUUAACACUGGCGUAUUUAUCCAGCUUGCCUUCCUCAAAUACGUGCCGCAGUAUCUGCCUUCUAACAGUGCAGCUUGUUCUACUGAGGUAAUGUCCAAAUUCGGGACAUUUACAGAAGGUGCAAAUAAAACAUGAAUACAAAUUCA